AUGGCAAGGUGCAAGCCAGAAGGGUCCGGCUUCUGCAUGACCCACGUGUCAAUGGCUCUGGCCUAUUCCAUUACCCCAGACUCCAGUACACAACCCCACCCUCAGCUGGGCCACACCCAGCAACAUACAGAGUUAGGAAAGGAAAUCACCACCGAGAACACCAUGCCCUACCCAUACCCUGCGCUGACUCCGGAGCAGAAGAAGGAGCUCUCUGACAUCGCCCAUCGCAUCGUUGCUCCGGGCAAGGGCAUCCUGGCCGCAGAUGAGUCCACUGGAAGCAUUGCCAAGCGCCUGCAGUCCAUUGGAACCGAGAACACAGAGGAGAACCGCCGCUUCUACCGCCAGCUCCUGCUAACCGCCGAUGACCGUGUGAACCCCUGCAUCGGGGGUGUCAUCCUCUUCCAUGAGACCCUCUACCAGAAGGCGGAUGAUGGGCGUCCCUUCCCCCAAGUCAUCAAAUCUAAGGGUGGUGUUGUGGGCAUCAAGGUAGACAAGGGCGUGGUACCCCUGGCAGGGACUAAUGGCGAGACCACCACCCAAGGGCUGGAUGGACUGUCCGAGCGCUGUGCCCAGUACAAGAAGGACGGAGCUGACUUUGCCAAGUGGCGCUGUGUGCUGAAGAUUGGAGAGCACACCCCCUCAGCUCUUGCCAUCAUGGAAAAUGCCAACGUGCUGGCCCGUUAUGCCAGCAUCUGCCAGCAGAAUGGGAUUGUGCCCAUUGUGGAGCCUGAGAUCCUCCCUGAUGGUGACCAUGACCUGAAGCGCUGUCAGUAUGUAACUGAGAAGGUGCUGGCUGCUGUCUACAAGGCUCUGAGUGACCACCACAUCUACUUGGAAGGCACUUUGCUGAAGCCUAACAUGGUAACCCCCGGCCAUGCCUGCACACAGAAGUUUUCUCAUGAGGAGAUUGCCAUGGCAACUGUUACAGCACUGCGCCGCACAGUGCCACCCGCUGUUACUGGGAUCACCUUCCUGUCUGGAGGCCAGAGUGAGGAGGAGGCAUCCAUCAACCUCAAUGCCAUCAACAAGUGCCCCCUGCUGAAGCCAUGGGCCCUGACCUUCUCCUAUGGCCGAGCUCUGCAGGCCUCUGCAUUGAAGGCCUGGGGUGGGAAGAAGGAGAAUCUGAAGGCAGCCCAGGAGGAGUAUAUCAAGCGAGCCUUGGCCAACAGCCUCGCCUGCCAAGGAAAGUACACCCCAAGCGGUCAGGCCGGGGCCGCAGCCAGCGAGUCCCUCUUCGUCUCUAACCAUGCCUACUAAGUGGAGGUGUUCUAAGGCCACCCCCCUCGACACUCCAGACCCCAGCGCCCUCUUAGACUUAACACUUGAGAAGAAGGGCCUCAUCUGGGGCUUCAGGCUGCUCCUUCCCAUCACUCUUGCUGCCCUUGUGAUAUUGGUGUGUGGUGGCGUCUGUUUGCUAACUCCAUCACCUUUUCCAACCCACUGCCAAUAAACAACUAUUUAAGGGGGAA